AAAUCACAAAGGUAAACCCUUUUUAUCAGAACAAAACACACAUUUCACACACUAAUAAUUUUCCCCCAAAUCCCGCUCAUAGUUUCAAUUUACAAUCAAUUCCGCUGCGCAAUUGGAUUUUUGAAUCAAUACAAUUACAGAGCGAGAAAUCAAUUGGAUAUUUGAAUCAAUUAAAAUGAGCGGGUAUCCUCCUCUGAAAAAGCCCAAAAUCGAAAUCGUAGAAGAAGAAAAAGAAGAAGAAGAAGAAGAAGAAGAAGAAGAAGAAGAAGAGGCGGAAGAGGAAAAAAAGGAUGGUGAAAUUGACGAGCAGUUUAUGAAAGAGCAGGAAGAAGCACUUUUAGCCCUAGUCGACCAUCGCACAAAAGAAGUCGGCCAUCUUAACCAGCGUAUUAUGUACUACAGGACCCAGCUUGAAGAAGCAGAGAAGAGAUUGGAGGACACCCAAAGUAAAUUGGCUCGUCUUCGAGGUCGAAACGCCGUAAAAGCUUCUAAAAACUUAUCCAAUGGAAGGGAAAAUGUAAACACUAAAAAAAGAUCUGCAAGCCCAAUUACGAAAGACGACGUUUCUUCUCAAAGAAAUUCUCAAUCCCAUCAAACUCAGGCCACAGUGAAACCCUCUGGUGAUUCUUCGAUUGCUACGAAAAAACCGCCUAGCCCGUUAAAAAAAAACGGGGAUUCUUCUCAAAACCAAACUCAGUCAAGACCGCAACUUUUGAUACCUUCUGUGGCUGCUACAAAGAAUGCUCAACCUGCAACGACAAAGGAAUCUGGAAAUAAAAUCACCAGUAGCGUUGCAAAGUCAAAGGGGGAAAAAGCUCGUAAAAAAUCACCCGAGCCGGAGAAUGUGGAAACUCAACCUAAUAAAGGAACAACAGUGAAGCUCGAGCAGAGAGAACAUAGCGAUUUGAUUAAGUCGAUUGGCAAAAGCUCGUCGGCAGUCACAAUCCGGUGUCAGACGGGCUGUCUUUUGUCUAGUCAGCACAAACGAAAGCUUAGAAGUCUCGUUUUGUGUCCAACAAAUGAUCAAUUAUUCGUGACCAGUGCUUUGGAUGGAAUAGUCAACCUAUGGCAAGUUCAAGGGAGAGGUUCUGGUGCGACUCUUCUUAGUGCUACUGAUUGUCAAUCCGAUAAGCAGAGGAGAUGGCCCGAAGAUAUAGCUUGGCAUCCGCGUGGAGACAAACUCUUUUCCGUUUAUAGUGCCGAUGGUGGCGAUUCCCAGAUAUCGAUUCUGAAUCUAAACAAUGGUAAAGAGAAGACACGUGUGAGCUUUCUCGAAGACAAGCCUCACACGAAAGGAAUCAUAAACAGCAUAAUGUUUAUGCCGUGGGACGAGAAAUCGUUCGUGACUGGAGGAAGUGACCAUGCGGUAAUCCUAUGGAACCAGAAAGACGGAGAAGAUGUGUGGAAGCCGAAAUCGCUGCACAGAAACCAUCACUCGUCUGCUGUAAUGGGGAUAGCUGGCAUGCAGCACAAGAACAUCGUUAUGUCUGCCGGUGCGGAUAAACGGAUAAUCGGGUUCGAUGCGACAACUGGCAGAGCAGAUUACAAGCAUCAGAUCGAUAGCAAAUGCAUGAGCGUUCUGCCUAAUCCGCGUGACUUCAACCUCUUUAUGGUUCAAACAGGGACGCCAGAGCGACAGCUAAGACUGUACGAUCUGAGAUUAAGACAGAUGGAGAUUCACGCGUUCGGUUUUAAACAAGAGAGCAGCGAGUCGCAAUCGGCUCUAAUAAACCAGGCGUGGUCCCCAGAUGGUCUGUACAUGACGUCCGGUUCGGCGGACCCCGUUAUUCACAUCUUCGAUAUUAGAUACAACGCUCACAAACCAUCGCAGUCGAUUAGAGCUCAUCAGAAACGAGUCUUUAAAGCUGCAUGGCACCAUGCUCUGCCUCUCCUCAUCUCCAUUUCUUCCGACUUGAACAUCGGACUGCACAAAGUCAACUGAUUUGCUCCGACGAAGAAGAGAAUAUUAUUUAAUGUUUUUUUAUUUUAUUUUUAUUUUUGAUAUAUAUGUCUUCCUCAUUUUUUGCCCUGUGGGAAGUUUUGUUGUGUUAAUGAGGAAGUAUACUCGUCGAUAGUUGAUCGGAAAUUCACGGAUGUCGUGCUUUUGGACAGGUGCAAAGAAUGCAUUUUCGAUUGUCGAUUGCAUCGACUUUCAGUUUUGAUUAAGUAGAGUAUUAAUUCAUCAUGUAAGAAAUUAAUACAGCUUUUCAAGAGGUUAUUGGUAUUAUUAUUCAUUUAAGCAA